AUGGAAUAUUAUGCAACUAUCAUGCACAGACCACUUUCUUCUCCGUGUUAGUCUUAGCCUCUUGUCUCUAUAUAAGCUUCUAACCUCUCUGUCCUCACAAACUGAUUAAUCGUCCUAAUAACAUACAUAUAUAUGUCUAUGCUGAUCCAACACAAAAACUAAAGUACUUGUUUGUGGCAUUGAGUGGAGUUGAUUAGGGAACAUGAAGAAAGCAAUUAGCACAAGUAAUGAGCCUUCCAAACUUGAUCGCAAAACCAUUGAGAGGAACCGCAGAAUUCACAUGAAAUCUCUCUGCUUCAAGCUCACUUCUCUUAUUCCUCCCAACCAUAGAUUCACACAAUAUUCCAAAUCCAAGGAGACACUAACACAGCAAGACCAGCUGGAUCUGGCAGCAAGGUACAUAAAGCAUAUGAGAGAAAGAAUAGAUGAGUUGAAGAAGCAGAAGCAGCACGUCAUGAUGGAGUCAAAAAACAACAACAAUAAUACAAUAAUGUGCAAAAAUAUGGACACUAAAUUGCCACUGCUUGAGCUGAGAGAAUUUGGCUCCGGCAUAGAAGUUGUGUUGGUUUGUGGAUUGAGAAACAAGACCUUCAUGUUAUAUGAAGUUAUUAAUGUUCUUGAGGAAGAAGGUGCUGAAGUUGUUACUGCAAGCUUCUCAACUGUGGGGGACAAAAUAUUUUACAUUGUUCAUGCUCAGGAUAAAAUAGCAAGAGUUGGGGUAGAAACAUCAAGGGUGCAUGAGAGGCUUCAGAAGUUUAUUGCUCCAAUAGAAAUGUGGGACUAAUUUGAAGACUUUACUAUUGCAUCACGUAGCUAACCAUUAGAUGUUCGGCAUGUGGCACUUAGUACAAGGAUCAUGAACUAUUAUUGUACUCAUGGUAAAAUCAUAAAUAA